GAAGAGGAGCUGACAGAACCUGAUUUACAGGUUCCCCAAUUCAGAUAUUCGAGAUAGUCACUUGAUGAACAUGUUAAAAUCAACUAUAGUCGGCAAUGCGAGCUCGCGGUACCCCGACUCUGAUAUGUCAAAGAGCGAAAGUCAUCGCUCGCGAAGCAUCUCGAGUAAAUCAUCUUCAAGGACAACCCUCUCCAGUCGGUCACCUUCUCUGGAACGGGACGACCAGAUAGGUGGGGUCAGUCUCCAAACACCGGAACUCCCUAUUGAGCAACAAAUCCAGCACAUGUCUCACCAUAUCGUUCCCGAUGACGAUUCCAGAGGAAUUCAAUAUUUCGAUACACAUGACUCACUGGAGUGUGUCAACCCGCUAUCUGAUAGACCAUAUCUCUUGAUUCCGGAUAGCGAGGUGGGAGCAAGCACUUUGCAAGAACAGAACCCUCCAACAUGUACAGUUAUCGAUGUCUACCAUAGCCCAGAUGACCCCGACGAAGUCGAUCGCGUAUCGACGACCUCGCACAGCACAAAUAACACACCAAGCAGGACGUCUCAAGAUGCAGAAUCAUCCAUCAUGGACUUGGACGACCCAUCGACAGAGGGCGACAAAUCGUCAGAUUCAAAAUCACUCUCCGAAACAUCAGAUCUCAGCGAGAAAGGAAUGAGACCAUCUCGUCGUACCAGAUUAGAGCGCUUGAUCAAAGAUGAUGUCCUCAGAAGCUCUCCCCCAGAAAUUGCAGAAUAUGUGUAUCAGGCCGUGAAGGGAAAGCUAGAAUGCGCAUCUCUAGAUGAUAUACCACAGCGCGAUGCCAAUGGAGAGCUUUCUUUGCUUGAGCUCAUUGAGCUUCAAGCUCUCACUUCUGUCACCUCGUCUCCGAAAGGGUUUCAAGAAACAUACUCAUGUCCGUCGAAGAUUGGCCCCCAAGGAAUGAUCAAUGCAUCGCCCACCAUCAUCAGCCAUAGUCCUUCUUCUUCGACAUCCACCAGUGGCAUAACUCCUUUGGCGCCCGGGAACUCUCAGACAGAGGGUGCUAGCUCUUCCUUGGGUGGGCUUAGUCACGAAAGUCCUACUUCGUUUCAAAAAAGCGACAAAGGUUCAGAUCCCCAAAACAAGGCUCAAAAGAGUAACGGAAAAUCAGCACCACAUUCCAAUUUACAGCAACAGUUAAGAUGUCCCUUCAACGCGAUGAAACCUGCGAUAUUCUGUGCCAAUCCUGACACGAAGCAAAAAUAUCGAGUAUGCGCUGGACCUGGUUGGAAUACUGUUAGCCACCUGAAACUCACCAUACGAAAGAAGAGAACUUGCCCAAUGCCCUGCAAUGUAGUCGUUGCCAGAACGAAUUUUUGAAUCAAGAUGAUCUUAGGGCCCAUGAUGAAGACGUUGAUUGUCCUAUUACAUGCCCGAUCUGCAAGGAUGUGUUUGCAACAAAAGAAAUGCGACAGCAACAUCGUAAGCAGGCACAUCAGGAUGAUUUGAGGGACGCUUUAUAUAUGGAGAUUGGUCAAGCGGGAUGGAAAGCGAUGAACGAGAACUUGAAACACUAUACGGAGGCCCUCAAGAAAGGGAAAGGGAAGACUCCCAUCAAACCAGAGCUCGAGCAAUGGGUAGAGGCAAACAGAACUCGUUUCGAGACUGGACGAUCUC